GAUGAGCUGUGAGGUGCACUACGACGCCGCAUCGCGGACUUGGUUUGGACCGCGGGGCAAGGACUUUUACGGUCCGGAGAUGACCCUCGGCGAGGUCAUCAUGCGUGUGCUGCAGAUUAAUGCCGACCAGGUGAUGCAGCAUUGUGAUCCCACGGGUCAGGAGCUCACCGGGAGCCAGUUGGCUCAGCAAAGUGCCCGGCUUGCCCAGGCCUUCAAGAGGCUGGGAUUGAGACGAGGCGAUGUUAUUGGCAUCUCGGCCAAUAACUCCACCUACCUGACCAGUGUGGUCAUCGCAGCUCUGCUAAGAGGCAUACCCAUCAAUCCACUGCAUCCAGAGUUUACAGAGGAGACUGUCAAGUACAUGUACGAUAUCACAGAGCCCAAGCUCAUAUUUUGCGAUGUGGGAAACUAUCACAUUAUCAAGUCAGUUAACGAGAAAUUGAUCAAUCCUGCCAGGAUAUAUCUGGUAAAUGGUCAACUAGAAGGAGUACUAGAUAUAAGUGUCCUGCUCAAUGAUGAUGAAUCUAUUACAGCUGCCGCCUAUGUGCCUUGUCCCAAGUUGCAUGGUGAUCAUACGGCCUUUAUUGUUUGCUCCUCGGGAACUACAGGAAUGCCCAAGGGUGUGACAAGAUCACAUCGGAGUCUGCUGUGCAAUUGCAAGAACCCCAAUACCUACACCAGGGACAGCAUACUGCUCUCAUUUAGUCCCCUUUAUUGGAUAUCGGGAACCAUAAUCCUGUUGGCUUCCCUGCUCAACGGCUGCCGACGCAUCAUCACCAACCGACCUUACAGUGUGGAGUACCUCCUCCAGUUGGUGGCCAAUCACAAGGUCACCUUCCUCUUUCUGGCCUCUCAUCAAAUAGCUCUUCUCUCCAAGCACGAUUGCGAUCUUGUAGAGCUGAAAGCCCAGCUAAGCUCCGUAAGAGUCCUGAUCGGAGCUGGUUCUAAAGUGUGUAAGGCGGUCUCCCGGCGGAUGUACGAACUGAUUGGUAACCAGCGAUUCAUCGUCGGCUACGGCCUCUCUGAGAUGGGAGGACUGAGCAAAAAUGUGGGCGGCCCGGUGGGCUGUGAGGGCAAGGUCAUGAGGAAUGUAGAACUGCGCGUCCUGGACAAACUGAAAAUGCCCCUUGGUAUCAAUGAGGUGGGCAUAGUCUAUGCCCGUUUGCGAUACAAGUGGGAAGGCUAUUACCGGAAUCCGGAGGCUACCAGGAGAGCCCUCAGUUCGGAUGGAUUGUGGUUUCGAACCGGCGACAUUGGUUACCUGGACAGCGAGGGCUAUCUGUACAUUCAGACGCGUGACACGGAUGUCUUCAAGUUCAACAACUUUCAGAUCUAUCCCGAGCAAAUCGAGGAGUUCAUCCUUAGAUUGCCAGGCGUAAGUGAAGCCUGUGUCUUUGGAAUCCCCGAUCAGGUGUCCACCAACCUCACGGCCUGCGCUGUUGUGAGAACCAAAAGCCUGGAAGGUGAACGUCUGCAGGCGGAACAAAUCCGAAACAUUGUGGAGCGGCACUUGAGUGGAGCCUACCACAUAAGGGGUGGCAUUUAUUUUAUAGAAAGCCUGCCGAAAACCCCCAAUGACAAGCUGCAGAGACGCAAGGUGCUGGACCUCGUGCGAGAAUUGGGAAUAGAAGCUCAAUAA